CACAAUCUGAAGUGUACAAGCAGAGUUAGGAGAGUCUUUUGUAUUCAUUAACUCUCGUUUAAGACAGACAUGGAGCUCGGAUCAACGGUUCGAGCUGUGAGGAGUCAGCGGGUGCUGGUUGGUGAUGAAGUCAAGCCUGCUGUUAUCUUAAUAAAAGAUGGGAAAAUCUGUCAAAUACUCUCAGACAGGGACCUUUCUGCGGCUGAUGCAUGUGAGCAGGUGUUGGAUGUGGGCGACAGUGUGGUGAUGCCAGGUGUUGUAGACUGUCACGUCCAUGUGAAUGAACCAGGCCGCACCUCCUGGGAGGGUUUCUGGACUGCCACCAGGGCUGCUGCAGCAGGGGGAGUGACAACCAUUGUGGACAUGCCGCUAAACAGCAUCCCUCCAACCACCACACUUGGUCAUUUUCAUGAGAAGCAGCGGGAAGCUACAGGACAGUGUUUUGUGGACACGGCCUUCUGGGGAGGUGUGAUUCCUGGCAACCAGCUAGAGCUUCGGCCGAUGAUCCAGGCUGGUGUGGCCGGCUUCAAGUGUUUCCUCAUCCACAGUGGGGUGGACGAGUUCCCGCAUGUGACCAACAGUGAUCUGCACUCAGCCAUGAAGCAGCUGCAAGGCACAGGAAGUGUCCUGCUGUUUCAUGCAGAAAUAGAAGUUCAGCAAACAUCAGAGGAGAACGGCGACCCCUGUCAGUACUCCUCCUUUCUGCAGUCCAGGCCUGAUGUAAUGGAAGUGGAGGCAAUUCAAACGGUCACAGAACUCUGCCUCCAGUACCAAGUUAGGUGCCAUAUUGUUCACUUGUCCUCUGCAAAGCCAUUAAAACUGAUCCAGGAAGCCCGACAGGCUGGAGCCCCCCUCACAGUGGAGACCACCCACCACUACCUCAGCCUGUGUGCAGAGAAUAUACCUUCAGGGGCCACUCAGUUCAAGUGCUGCCCCCCCAUCAGAGGAUCUCAUAAUCAGGAGCAGUUAUGGUCCGCACUUAAAGCUGGACAGAUUGACAUGGUGGUGUCCGAUCACUCCCCCUGCACACCUGAUCUGAAGAGACUGGAGAGUGGAGACUUCAGUCAGGCUUGGGGAGGAAUUUCUUCUCUACAGUUUGGCCUGCCUCUGUUCUGGACUUCAGCCAGUAAGAGAGGCUUUCAGCUGAGUGACGUGGUGAGACUCCUCAGCCGGAAAACAGCCCAGCUGUGUUCUCUGGACCACCACAAGGGCAGCCUCACCCCCGGCUUUGAUGCUGACCUUGUCAUAUGGGACCCCGAGCGAGAAUUCAAAAUUGAAGAAGAAAAUGUUCAUCAUAAGAACAAGGUAACUCCGUACCUUGGCGUCACACUGCAAGGCGUUGUGUGCUCCACCAUCGUCAGGGGGCAUCUGGUGUACAGCGAAGGCUCCUUCUGCCCGAGGCCUCUGGGGAAACAUCUCCUCAUCCCUCAGAGGACAAAUCAAGCCCAACUGUGAAGACGAACGACAAUAAGCUGCAAAAACCCUCAAUAAAUUUAAGUGUCUGUGUGAGAUGAG